UCCUAAACAGACUGCCUCUAUCAGAUCUGAGUCACUCAAUGAUAAACCAGAGUAUUAAAACACAAGGAGCACUGAUAUUGUGUGGUUGUUCACAGAGGAAAAAGGAUCUUUAGUAGCCUUAGAGAAGCCAAAACUCCAUGAUGGCAGGGAAGCCCAAACUUCACUACUUCAAUGGACGUGGCAGAAUGGAGUGUAUUCGUUGGCUCCUGGCUGCAGCUGGAGUGGAGUUUGAAGAGAAUUUUAUAGAGUUUCCAGAAGACUUGCAAAAGUUAAAAAGUGAUGGGAGUUUGGUUUUUGAGCAAGUGCCAAUGGUUGAAAUUGAUGGAAUGAAAUUGGUACAGACCAGAGCCAUUCUAAAUUACAUUGCGAACAAAUAUAACCUCUAUGGCAAAAACAUAAAGGAGAAAGCCCUGAUUGAUAUGUAUUCAGAAGGUGUGUCAGAUUUGAGUGAAAUGUUGUUAUCCUUGGUGUUAUGUCCACCCUCUGAAAAAGCUGCCAAGAUUGUCUUGAUCAAAGAGAAGGCAACAAAUCGCUACUUACCUGCCUUUGAAAAGGUUCUGAAGAGCCAUGGACAAGACUACAUGGUAGGCAAUAUGCUGAGCAGGCUUGACAUUCACCUGGUUGAACUUCUCUACUAUGUGGAAGAGCUUCACCCCAGUCUCCUGGACAACUUUCCUCUGCUGAAGACUCUGAAAACCAGGAUAAGCAACCUCCCAAAUCUGAAGAAGUUUCUGCAGCCUGGAAGUCAGAGGAAACCUCCCGUCAAUGAGGAGCAAGUAGAGGAAAUUAGAAAGCGUUUUGGUUUUUAAAUAAAGCAAAAAUGGACACUCUGCUCAUAUAAUAUGAAGGAUCCUAAUUUUCAAGCAAUUCAGAAUCUUACCUAAUGAAUAUUGUUUGUUAUAUACCCAUAAAUAAUGUCAAUGCUUUAUUGUACAUUAAUUUACAUUUCUAUUAAAAGGAUUUAAUUAUUUCCAAAUUUAA